UUAUUAAUCACAGUCCGCGAAGAUACAUGAAGAAAUGCAUACGACCGAAGCAUUGAAACACGUAAAUAAUGCCAGACACGGUCUGUUAGAAGCGACUAUACAAAGUGCGAUGAUAAAAGUGAUCUGUUGUUUAUUAUAUCGGUUGUUUUAACGAAGAAAACGUAUUGAUACGUUAUAGAAAGAAAAAGAUCGAUACGGUAAACGAAAGGGUAUAAAUUGUUCUGAGAACUCUUUAUCGGAGGAAAAACAAUUGUCGAUUAAGUCAAUAUAUAGUUCGACAAUUGAAUUGACUGUCAAUAAAGUAUGUGACAGGCUUUAAACUAGCAGCACCAUCUCACUACAAGAGCACAAAAUGUUUGUCGUCUCGUAAUCUAGUCUGUCAGAAGAUUUGAAAACAAGAUAUGCAGGAAAAUUCGUAUCAAUCAAACCUCAGGAAGACUCACUAUGGUUGACCCAAUCUCUAUAUGCAGUAUUGCAUAUUAUACUGAAGCCUUACAAGUUCUUCUAUUUACGCAAUAUUAUCUGUCAAUGCAAGCUGUAGCUUUAGCCGAUGUUAGGGUGAAUGAUACUGAUAAAUGUAGAGAGUGAAAAGUGUAUUGCAUGAUUCUAACGCGUUGAUUAUUCGUUAAAAGUUACUGCCCCUUAAGGUGAUACGAGUAGCAGCAUAAUGUUGGAUUACAGUGAUGAAUUAGAGUUACAAAAAGAAGCUGACGAGGUGGAUCAACUUGCCAUGACUUCUUUAGGGAAACUAAUAUUUGUAGAUAUUCAUUGUAGACAUUCAAAGUCUUUGUCUACAGAUAACACAUCUGUAGAUAUUAUUGAUUCUUUAUCACUUGCCUUUGAGCAAUUGUUUUACAUGCCAUUUGACAUGAUUGAAAAUUAUGCUAAUACAGUACAUACUUUGGAUAUUAGUCAUAAUAAGUUUAGUAGAAACUUACAAUUUUUGGCUGAAUUUGAAAAUCUAACGUCUUUAAAUUUAGAUCAUAAUAACAUAGACGAGUACACUGUAUUCCCAUAUAUGCCAAAACUUCAACUUCUAUGGAUAAAUCAUAAUAAUAUAGAGGAGUUAUAUCCGUUCAUCAAGAAUCUCUAUGAGAGUGUACCCAACCUCAGAUAUUUAUGUCUUAUGGGUAAUAAGGCAGCACCGAGUUACUUGAAUGGCGGAACCUUUUAUGACUAUCUUCAGUACAGGUUGUAUGUCAUAUCUUGGUUCCCUCAUUUGGUACAUUUGGAUGACAGAACUGUGACGACAGAACAACAAGAAGAAGCUAAGAGACUCUUUAAACGACCAUUUUUAGAAAAUUUCACUGAACACACUCCUCUUCCAGAAUGCAUUAAAUAUCUGCACAAUAAAAUAACAAAUAUAUUUACAAAACCAACACUGCCAUGCAAGCUAAAGACAAAGGGAACAAACUAUAUUAUUUAAUACAGUAUUAAAAUGUUACUUUUAUUGUACUUGAAAGCUACUUACACAGUUACUAACAUAGAAUAACUUUUGUAGAAAAACAUACUUUUUUGUCACUCAAAGAUGGGUAACACUCAAAACUAACCAUAUGGGGCAGUAACAAAUCAACAAGAAUUUUAUAAUAUGAUAUACUAUGUAUACUGAAGUAUAUGAUUAUAUUAAUCAUUUUUAUACUUCAGCAUAAGCAGCAUAGAGUAUUAAUUUACAUAUAAUAAAUUAAGGAAAAUUAUUACAAUGAACGUAGAGCAAUAACAGAUUUAAUUAUACAACGUUUUGUAUUAUUUAAUACUAAUUAACAACAUUUCAGCGGGUACUCAAUUAUUAAUUAACUUCGAAAAUAUUAUAUACCGAACAUCUGUUACAUAAUAUAUAGAUACAUAUGUGUCAGCUCAGAUAUAUUUUAUACU